AUGUUCGCCAAGGUAUUCGUUGUUCUGGCCGCCGUAGCCGUCGGUGUCAACUCGGUCGCGAUCGGAGUCGCUGCCCCGGCCGCACUGGUAAAGACGGAGGAGUACGAUGCUCACCCACAGUACAGCUUCAGCUACGACGUGCAGGACUCACUGACCGGCGACAACAAGCAGCAGCACGAAACCCGCGAUGGCGAUGUUGUGCAGGGUCAGUACUCGCUCGUUGAGCCUGAUGGUACUCGUCGUACCGUCGACUACACGGCCGAUCCGGUGAACGGAUUCAACGCCGUCGUCAGCAAGACUGCCGAUGCCGCCGUCGUUAAGACCGUCGCCGCUGCCCCCGUUGCCCAUCCAGUGGUGGCCUACCAUGCCCCGACCGUUGCCGUUGCCCACGCUCCGGCCGUCGCCGUUGCCCACGCACCGUUGGCUUACCAUGCGCCCGCUGCCACCACCUACGUUUCGCACGCUCCGGUCCUUUCGCACGCUCCCGUCCUUUCGCACGCUCCGGUCUACUCGCACGCCCCAGUCUACUCGCACGCGCCCGUUCUCUCGCACGCCGUCUAUCACCACUAA